UCUUUCUCUCUCUUCAGUCUCGCAAGAAGACGAGGAAAAAGAGAGAAACAAGGAGCGUUUCGUUUUAACUCCCGAGGCAACGCACCAACUAGCCAGCAGCUCAGCACCUCCCCUCUCUCUCUCUCGGGGACGCCCCUUGGUCUUCGUGAGCUGCUGCUGCUGCUCGCGUUGUCGGGGAGGCGCCGCCACGCCGCUCGCCUAGCUAGCGCCGCGUCCGGAGCAACAACUCCUAGUGGUAGUAGGUUGUUUCCGCCAAGAACGACGACACGGCCGGCCGGCGGCGCGCGCUGUCUGGCUGGCAGCGACGCCGCGCAGCGCAGCGCAGCGCCGCGCGCCCCUGCUCCAUGCUCGUGGGCCACCAGUGAAGCUCCCGCGUGGCCGACCAUGAAGCAGUCCCCGGCGAGCUCUGGUGUCGCGCCCGCGCCCGUCGCUGCCCCCGCGCCCGACUCCACCGGCGCGGCGGCAUGCGAAGGGGAGCGGAAGGCGCCGGCGAUCAACGCCGACCUGUGGUACGCCUGCGCGGGCCCGCUCGUGUCGCUGCCGCCGGUGGGCAGCCUCGUCGUCUACUUCCCGCAGGGCCACAGCGAGCAGGUUGCAGCUUCUAUGCAAAAGGACAUUGAUGCACAUGUGCCAAGCUACCCAAAUCUUCCCUCAAAGUUGAUAUGUCUUCUUCACAGUGUUACUUUGCAUGCGGACCCAGACACUGAUGAGGUGUAUGCACAGAUGACUCUUCAGCCAGUGAACACAUAUGGAAAAGAGGCUUUGCAGCUAUCGGAGCUUGCACUAAAACAUGCAAGGCCACAGAUGGAGUUCUUCUGUAAGACACUUACUGCAAGUGAUACAAGUACACAUGGAGGCUUCUCUGUGCCUCGCCGUGCUGCAGAGAAGAUAUUACCUCCACUGGACUUCAGUAUGCAGCCUCCGGCUCAAGAGCUUCAAGCCAGAGACAUACAUGACAACGUGUGGACAUUUCGCCAUAUAUUUCGAGGUCAGCCGAAAAGACAUUUACUAACCACUGGGUGGAGUCUUUUCGUGGGCGGCAAGAGAUUAUUUGCUGGUGAUUCUGUCAUUUUUGUUAGGGAUGAAAGGCAGCAACUUCUACUGGGAAUAAGGCGGGCUAGCCGGCAGCCAACUAAUAUAUCUUCUUCAGUACUUUCAAGUGACAGUAUGCACAUAGGGGUGCUUGCUGCAGCGGCCCAUGCUGCUGCUAACAAUAGCCCAUUUACCAUAUUUUACAACCCUAGGGCUAGCCCUACUGAGUUUGUUAUCCCAUUUGCCAAAUACCAGAAGGCACUGUAUAGUAACCAAAUAUCUUUAGGAAUGCGAUUCCGGAUGAUGUUUGAGACUGAGGAAUUAGGGAUGAGAAGGUACAUGGGCACGAUAACUGGGAUAAGUGACCUAGAUCCUGUAAGAUGGAAAAACUCCCAGUGGCGAAACUUACAGGUUGGUUGGGAUGAGUCUGCAGCGGGUGAAAGACGAAACAGAGUUUCAAUGUGGGAGAUUGAACCAAUUGCUGCUCCUUUCUUCAUAUGCCCCCAGCCUUUCUUUGGCGUAAAGCGCCCUAGGCAAAUAGAUGAUGAGUCAUCAGAGAUGGAAAACCUUUUCAAGAGGGCAAUGCCUUGGCUUGGUGAGGAGAUAUGCAUAAAGGAUGCUCAGACCCAGAACACCACAAUGCCUGGUCUGAGCUUGGUUCAAUGGAUGAACAUGAACAGGCAGCAGAGCUCCACAUUAGCUAAUACAGGCAUACAGUCGGAGUAUCUGCGAUCUCUAAGUAACCCUGCCAUGCAAAACCUUGGUGCCGCUGAGCUUGCAAGGCAGUUAUAUGUUCAGAACCAUCUCCUGCAACAAAACAGUGUACAGCUUAAUGCUUCCAAGCUCCCUCAGCAAAUGCAACCUAUAAAUGAGCUUGCCAAGGGAUCGUUGUCUUGUAAUCAACUUGACACCAUCACCAAUCAUCAAGAACUGAAGCAAGAAGUUGGCAACCAGCAGAGGCAACAGCAGCACAUUAACCAAACAAUUCCUUUAAGCCAGGCUCAAGCCAAUCUUGUCCAGGCCCAGGUAAUUAUCCAGACUCAGAUGCAGCAGCAGCAGCAACAACAACAACAACAACCGUCUCCAACUAGGUGCCAGCAGGGAACCAGUGAGCAACAGCUGCUUCUUUCACAGCAACAUCAGGACCAGAAUUUUCAACUGCAGCAACAGCAGCAGCUAUUACUUCAGGAACUGCAGCGGCAGCAGCAGCAGAAUCAGCAGCAGCUAAACAAGUUGCCAGGUCAACUUGUGAAUCUGGCUGGUCAACAGGCUCAAUUGUCUGACCAGGAACUUCAGUUGCAGCUAUUACAGAAACUACAGCAGCAGUCACUUAUAUCACAGCCAGCAGUUACACUCUCACGAUUACCACUAAUGCAGGAACAGCAGAAGUUACUUUUGGACAUGCAGCAGCUAUCGAGUUCUCAUUCACUUGCGCAGCAGCGGAUCAUGCCUCAGCAAGAUAGCAAAGUUUCACUGCAAGCAUCACAGGCGCCACCAACAAUGAAGCAAGAACAGCAGAAGCUUUCACAGAAACAAGUCGCACUUGCAAAUGUGUCAGAUGUUGCCUUUCAACAGAUCUCAUCAACCAACGUUCUGUCCAAAGCCGGAAGCCAACUGAUGAUUCCAGGUGCUACACAAUCUGUACUAACUGAGGAAAUCCCUUCUUGCUCAACAUCACCUUCUACAGCCAACAACGGAAAUCAUUUGGCACACCCAACUAUUGGCAGGAACGAGCAUUGCAAGGUCAACAUGGAGAAGGUGCCUCAAUCGUCUGCUCUGAUGUCAAUUCCAACAUCUAGUGAAGCUGUAACAACUCCAAUAAUGAUGAAGGAAUCGUCGAAGUUGAACCAUAAUCUGAAGGAGAAUGUAAUCACCUCAAAGUCACCCACUGUUGGGACUGGACAUGACAAUCUUUUGAACAUUGUACCAUCAACAGAAAACCUGGAAACAGCUUCAUCAGCAACUUCGUUAUGGCCUACCCAAACAGAUGGACUUUUGCAUCAAGGAUUCCCCACUUCUAACUUGAACCAGCAACAAAUGUUCAAAGAUGCACUUGCAGAUGUGGAAAUUCAAGAAGUGGAUCCAACUAACAAUGCUUUCUUUGGGAUCAACAAUGAUGGUCCAUUGAGCUUUCCUAUGGAAACAGAAGGCUUGUUGGUAAGUGCACUUAAUCCUGUGAAGUGUCAGACUAAUUUGUCAACUGAUGUUGAGAACAAUUACCGAAUACAAAAGGAUGCCCAACAAGAGAUCUCAACCUCCAUGGUUUCACAGUCAUUUGGUCAGUCUGAUAUAGCUUUUAACUCAAUUGAUUCUGCAAUCAACGAUGGUGCCAUGUUGAACAGAAAUUCUUGGCCCCCUGCACCUCCACCACAGAGAAUGCGGACAUUCACAAAGGUCUACAAGCGUGGAGCUGUAGGCCGGUCCAUUGACAUAGGUAGGUUCUCUGGAUAUGAAGAAUUGAAGCAUGCUUUGGCCCGCAUGUUUGGUAUAGAGGGCCAACUUGAGGACCGACAGCGAAUAGGCUGGAAGUUAGUCUACAAGGAUCAUGAGGAUGACAUCCUACUUCUCGGUGAUGACCCAUGGGAGGAGUUUGUGAAUUGUGUGAAGUGCAUUAGGAUCCUAUCCCCCCAAGAAGUGCAACAGAUGAGCUUAGACGGUGAUUUGGGGAACAAUGUCCUCUCCAACCAGGCUUGCAGCAGCUCAGAUGGUGGGAAUGCCUGGAAGCCUCGCUGUGACCAGAACCCUGGUAACCCUUCGAUCGGCUUCUACGAUCAAUUUGAAUGACGUGAUCACAGAAUGGGAGAUGAGAACUAUGGUUGCAAAAAGCAACCAGUGUCCAGCCAUCUACAGAAUUAUCGCCAAGCAAUGCAGGAUGCUGUAGACGUCUAGGCUUUUAUAGCUGGCAGAGCACUCCUCAGAUUAGGGUAUGUUUUAGAUAUAUAGAGCCAUUGCAGAGUCAAAACUUCAGACAGAGGGUUAGGCAAAGUCUGAACUACAGACAGAGUAGGCAGAUCUGAAGAUAAAGUAUUUUGAUGGAGAGUAUUUGUAAUUGUGUAUUGAACUGCUGCUGGGGUUGCUUGAAACCCAUGUAGCACUAUGAGUCUCAGUUCAGAAAAUACUGAAGCAGAUUUAAGAGGUUCUACUGAUUAGUACUAUUUGUGUAAUGUGAAUGGCCUUUAGGUGUUCUUACA